AACAAAUAUAGUUCAUUCAUGUCGCCUACGCACUGUAAGGAGUCCACGAGGCUGCACAAAACUAGAGGCAUCUUCACCGAAUCACGAAAACCGCCUCUCCGAUUGGGAAUCAGGUGUUCGUGAUAACCAAGCUCUUGUCAAGCUGUGAAGAUGCCUAAGGAUAGAAGAUCUUCAUCUUUCGAUAGGUGUAGGGUAUCUCCAUAUUCACGUUGUUGCAGGAACGCCGAUAAAGGGAGGCCUAAAUCUCCCUCCCUGCCAGUUGGAAACGAAAAUGAAUGGGAAGAAGCUCGAUGCCCUAUAUGUAUGGAACACCCUCACAAUGCCGUCCUUUUGCUAUGCUCUUCUCGUGAGAAAGGAUGUCGUCCAUUCAUGUGUGACACAAGUUCCCGCCACUCAAACUGCCUUGACCAGUUCCGAAAGUCAACCAUGAAUGCCGACACUACUUCAGAAGAAGGAACUAAGCUUGUUUGCCCUCUAUGUCGAGGCCAGAUCAAUGGGUGGAUUGUAGUCGACCCUGCUCGCCACUUUAUGAACUCCAAAACAAGAAGUUGUUCAUCGGGGACCUGUGAUUUUGCCGGAAACUAUUCGGAAUUAAGGAAGCACGCUAGGCGUGAACACCCUUUCGUUCGACCAACGGAAAUAGAUCCUGCACAAGAGUUUGAAUGGAGAAAUUUGGAGGAAGACAUGGAGCAACAAGAUAUGCUCAAUAUGCAAUUCGAGUUCGAUGAUGAUGAUGAGGAUGGCAUAGAUGAUGAACUCAUGGAUGGCAUUUAUGAGCUCGCGAGCCCGAUUUGGGAUUACGAUUUGGAUUUUCAGAACUUCCUGAAUACCUUUGGAUCAGAAUUCGAAAGCGUUUUCCCUGAAUUGGAUUGGGAUUCAGGGGACGGUAGUGGCAUUUUGGACGAUUGGGAUGAUUUAUUGAGUUUUGCAUCUCCAAAUGAGUCGGAGAAUACAGAAUUUGGUAGAUCAAGAGGGACUACCCGAACUCAGAACAGGUUGUCGGCAAGGCCAAGGGAGAAUCCCGCUACCUCUAGAGUCAGAACAAAUACUCAUCGCAGACAGAGGUCGAAUGCAGAACGUCGGCAAUCUCAUCGUGGCCGUCCAAGUUCGCAUAACCGUCAGGAGCAGAUAACUACGUUGGUUGACUUUCAUGAGCUUAGGUCAAACCUACCUUAACUCGGCCGUUGCUCCUACUGUUGCUGGUACGUUUGCAUAGUUUUUAUGUCGGUUUCUUUCGCGUUAUUUGGGGAUUCUGGGGGUCGGGUACAAUGAUGAUAAGGAUCGGAACCUUUCGGAAAAAAAAUGGUGCUAGUAUUUUGGUACUUGGAUGUUCUUUGGCUUAUUUGAAUCCUGAUUUACUUGUUGGCAUGUAGAACUUGUGGUAGUUUAUGGAUUUAUGUUUCAGAAGAAGUAAAGGUAUGUCUGUUAGCAGCUUAA